CCACUAUUGACCUGACGGACGUUGUGUGGGAUUCAUUUCAAGCCAAAGCUGCCAGCAUAGCCAAGCGGGUGGUUGAACUGUCACGGACGGAACCUAUGAGUGGAGCAUUCUAUACUUGACAGCAGACUUCCGACGUCCUUUUUUGAAGAACCGCCAAAAUGAAUGUGACUACCGGCGGAAAACUUCCAGCAACAGCGAGUCAGGACGAUCUCAGGAACGAGGGUUCCUCGAAAGCCUACAAGAUCUUGGGAGCCGCCGACAUCUCUUCACAUGAAGAAUUCUCGAAGCGAGACGACAAGAGGAAGUCCAAAAAGCCGAGCUUCAGACGAUCUCCAGAUGCGAAGCCACACAAAAAUGGGAGUUUCGUGCCUUUUCCGACCGCCGCUUCAGAAGCCACUCUGCCACCAGCUCAUCUUCGUAUCCGAGCCUCGUCACCUCUGCUGGGGCAAGAAUACAGAUUGGAAGAUUCAGCCCUGCCUACUGUACCAACAACGUCAAAGAGACUUCAUCUCACCGGCUCCUCGUCGACCCUGUUCUCCUAUUUCAGCUCCAAGGAAUCGAAUUCAGAUACGAAUCCGACCAUCGGGAUGACAACCACCGACUCCGGGAAGAGUGAGGACCACAGAUCACAAUCGCGGCAUAAGGCAGAAUCACGCCAGGGACUCAAACAGCCCAAGGGGACCAUGUGGGACUCAAGAAGGAAAAUGCGUCCACCUCGGAUUGAUCUUUCUCUACUGUUCCCCAAGCCGCGGGCAAAUGAUGCCCCGCUCCUGUCCCCCCAGCGCAUGGUCAAUUCACCGUCUCCUAUCUCGGUAAUAUUCGAGCAGACAGCCGACACACCGGAAGACUCACAGACCAAUGACCUUGAUCGCAAGGUAUCGAAGUCCCCCCCUCGUCCAAAAGCCUCUAUCCUGAAAUCUACCAAUCACCACAUCCAAGAACCAUCCACUACUUACAAGAUGAAAACCCCAGAUUGGUUGAAUCCUUCGUUUGAGAAAACAGUACGCACCAACGAAAUGGAUCUCGCUUUGCAAAGUUAUAGCGAGAUGGAAUAUCAACCCCAGCGAACUGAGCGGUUGCAUGUACAAUCUCAAGGCCGCGACAAAUUCAAGAAGCGGGAUUCGAAGUCGACCGAGCAGGAGUCGCGAGAUGUCUCGUCCAAUAGUUCUGUGAGCGAAUGGAGCAGAGAAUUUUACUUGUCUCCCAAGAGCCGUCUUCCACCCAAAGCUUAUCGUGCCUCAACUGCCGGGCGCAAUGAUGUACAUGGGAGGAAUUCAAUGCCCAAGAAAAGCAGCAAGAGUACGUUAAAGACAGCGGAUCUCAACAACUUAAGCGUUCUUUGUCUGUCUUCGUCGGAGGACGAAGAGGACGACGUGGAAGACUAUCCCAAAGGCCAUUCCGAGGCAAGCGCGAGAAACAGUGUAGCGACUUAUGGCGAAUUUGAACCUGAAAUCUGCACAGCUUCUGCAGCGCAUACGACUAGAGGCAGGUUAAAGAACAUCGACCGGCCAAUCUCCAGCAUCAGUCGUGGAUCACAAUCCAUACAGAGAAAUCAUUCUCUCCGGCGCAACCCUUCCAUGUCGUCAGCGGGAAGAUCAUCGACAGCCACUCGAAAGAGCCAGUCUCGCCGAUCAAGUGGUAUCCCCACCAUCUCCGAGCCAGAGUUCUUUCAUGGCGAUCCUAUCUUCAGUCAGUCGAAGCCUGUUCCGCGCACGCGAAGCUCAAUGACGGCACAAAAAGAGACGAAUAGGCGAAGUCGAGUCAUUGCGGUGACGCGGCAGGAAGAAAAUCUUCUCGAAGCGAUGAGACAGAGACAGGGUAAAAUCACGCCCAGUCUCUUCAACGAAGUCCGGGUUCCGGAACCUGAUCAGGGGUCCAUGCUCUCCGUACCUUCACGCGACUCAUUCUACGGCACGGAUAUGUCUUUCUUACGCUUGAGCCCUGGACUUUCAGCUAGGUCGGGGCAGAGCGACCAAAGCACACAGCAGAGCGAUCGGGAGGGUCUGGUGUUCCAAAGCAGUUCCUCUGAAGGGGAGCAGAGGACUGUCUACUCGUUUCCUUCGCCUCGCACUAGCUUGGCGUACUCUGAGAGCCUUCCAUCUCCAGUCACAAGCGGAGCUUCUCCUUUGACACCCACACAUCCUUCACAUCGGUUCUCGGCCCUUCCGUCGCAGAAACCGGCCCCUGUACGCCCGCCUCCCGCCGUUCCCCCAGCACAACGCCGACACUCUAGAAGACGUACGGAUAGCAGUGAAGCGAUAAUUCUAGAGGAGUCAAACGAAACACAACAAACCGACGAGAUUCCCCUGUGGGCUAUCAGGUGGAACAACGAAAAUGGUAACAUGACAGCUGUCCAUUAAAGGCACAGCUGUCUUGAAGCUGACAUGGAGUGUCUAUUCAUCACGAUGAAGUCCAUGUUUUGGCAGCUUAUAACGCCCAGAACCGAGCCCAACCUCAUUCACUUGACGCAUUUCAUACUGUCUACCCACCUACCUAACUAAACACUCAUUG